AUGCCCCCUAACCCUGCAAAGGUCAACACCGCAAAGGCCGAGGACGCGCUGCACCAAAUCGCCACCCCGGACUGGUGGAAGCACCGCAUCGACAUAUUUGACACACUUUGGGAGGCCCAGCAGCGUCGCUUUCAGGAGAAACAGCAGCCCAUUAAAGUCAAGCUGAUCGAUGGCAAGGUCCUAGAGACGGCAAGCUGGGUGAGCUGCCCCAUGGACCUCGUUAAGCGCAUCUCGAACUCGCUCGCGGAGCGGGUUAUUGUGGCACGGGUGAAUGACCAGCUCUGGGACCUCACACGACCCUUUGAGGAGGACUGCACCCUCGAACUGCUGGAUUGGGAGGACAAGGAGGCCCAGCACGUUUUCUGGCAUAGCUCCGCCCACGUCCUGGGAUACGCCUUGGAACGGGUCUUGGAUGCGAAGCUGUCGGUGGGGCCCCCGCUCGAGGAGGGCGGGUUUUUUUACGAGGGCAUGACCAAACGCACCGUGACAGAGUCGGAUUACACCCUUAUCGAGGCCGCCAUGCAGGAACUCGUCAAGGAAAAGGCCCCUUAUAAACGACUGGAGGUGACUAAGGAGGAUGCACUUCGCAUCUUCGGCUACACAGACUUCAAGACCUCCAUCCUGGACAGCAAAGUGAAGGACGGGACAACCUGUACGCUCUACCGUUCGGGUGCUCUGAUUGACCCCUGCCGUGGCCCGCAUAUCACAGAUACUGGACGCAUUAAAGCACUCGGUAUCUUCAAAAAUUCGUCCUCUUACUUUCAAGGUAAGGCGGAAAACGCGGUGCUGCAACGUGUAUACGGAAUCACCUUUCCCAAGGCCUCCAUGUUAGGUGAGUGGCGUAAGCGGCAAGAAGAAGCCUUGAAGCGAGACCAUCGUGUGAUUGGCAAGCAACAGCAUCUCUUCAUCUUCAAUGAUGUGUCCUCUGGCAGCGCCUUUUGGCUCCCACACGGUGCCCGCAUUUAUAACACCCUCAUUGAAUUUCUACGUAAACAUUAUCUACACCGCGGCUUCCAGGAAGUGAUUACGCCCAAUAUCUACUCAUCCAAGUUGUGGAAGGUCUCAGGGCAUUGGGAUAAGUACGCUGCAAAUAUGUUCUGUACGACAUGCGAAAAGGAAGAAUUUGCCUUCAAGCCUAUGAACUGCCCAGGCCAUUGCAUCAUGUUUGCGAGCUAUCCGCAUUCAUACAAAGAACUUCCGAUCCGCUAUGCUGACUUUGGUGUACUACAUCGUAAUGAACUCAGCGGCACAUUAACAGGCCUAACGCGCGUUCGCCGCUUCCAGCAAGAUGAUGCACACAUUUUCUGUCGUAUGGAUCAAAUACGCGAUGAAAUAAAAGGCGCCUUGGAUUUCCUAAGUGAUGUCUACGGCACCCUUGGAUUUAAGUUCCAUUUUCUGCUCUCGACGCGUCCAGAGAACAAGCUGGGCUCUGAUAAGAUAUGGGACGAGUCAGAGUCCCAUCUCCGUGCAGGGCUGAACCAUUUCUGCGGUAUCCCAGAGUCGCUGGAAGACCCAUUUCAUCCCGGGGAAACUUUUAGCUUCGAUGGGACCCCGAACGCAUUAAAGAAGUUAAAGGUGCUCAUGCGUAACUCCAAGAAGAGCGAUGACCCAUCCAUGUGGAAAGGUCCGGUCCACGCCAACGCAUGGGCAGAAAACCCCGGUGAUGGUGCCUUUUAUGGCCCCAAAAUCGACAUCACCGUGGAGGACGCCCUGUUUCGUCGCCAUCAGUGCGCCACGAUUCAGCUUGACUUCAACCUGCCAAAUCGGUUCGGACUUAAGUACACGUUGGCCUCCGCCGUCGAAAAGGACAAAUACGACGACGACGCCAAAAAAGACAAAUCCAAAGAUAAAAAUGGAGCCGAAUCGACGACGGCUAAUCCCUUGGUGCAGUCGAAUUCACAAACCACCACUGGUACAAAGACCCCUUACGAACAGGCUGUUCGGGACUUGGGUCUUGAUUUAGGGCUGGAUCCGAACCAGGCACGCCCGGUGAUGAUUCAUCGCGCCAUCCUCGGCUCUCUUGAACGUUGCAUUGCAAUCCUCUGUGAGCACAAUGCCGGAAUGUGGCCUUUCUGGCUGAGCCCACGGCAAAUCAUGAUUGUUCCCAUCUCAGCUUCCUAUAAUAACUACGCACAGGAGGUGUUCGAUGCCCUCCAGAGGGAGAGAUUUUUUGUCGAUGUUGACUUCAGCCCCUCAACGCUUGAUAAAAAAAUCCGCAAUGCGGAAACCUCAAGAUACAAUUUUAUCUUUGUUGUUGGACAACAGGAACUGGAGUCAAGGUCGAUUAACAUCAGAGCCCGGGGUGAUAAGCGCUUGGGUACGAAGUCGCAGCAGGAAGUCAUUGAGUGGUUACACCAACUUGCUGAUAAGUAUUCAAUGGAGUACUAA